GGAACAGAAAAGCGAGCGCAGUCACACACCGGGUGCCAAACAAACCCGAGCUGCUCUCACCGAGAGGCGCAGUGCACAGCUGCCGAGCCAGCAGACUGUCAGCGGAUAACUCAGCAGCUCCGCCUCGCUCAGCUGCUAUAAACCUCUUCUAAACCUUUUACCACAUACACGGGAAAACAGCGCAGUGUCGACAGCAAGGACAAUCACCCGCACGGAGAGACAGAGACGGAGACGGAGGAAAUGGCCACAGCAUCAGUGGCUGAAGCUGAACCGACAUCCACCGAUGCAGCUAACGCUUUCUUAGGUCUUCAUGAUGCGGGUUGGACUGAAGCUCAGCUUCGCAAAUACCCUUUCCCAAUUAGACAAAUCCCACGGCUUUCUCAUACGGACCCCCGCGCAGAGAUCCUAAUCAAUAACGAGGAACCUGUCGUGUUAACAGAUACCAACUUGGUUUAUCCAGCGCUCAAGUGGGACAUCAGUUACUUGCAAGAGAACAUUGGCAAUGGGGACUUUUCUGUGUACAUUGCUGAAAACCAUAAAUUCUUAUAUUAUGAUGAGAAGAAAAUGUCAAACGUUGAGAACUUUGUGCCAAAGUCACGCAGAAUAGAGAUGAAGUUUUCUGAGUUUGUAGAAAAGUUGCACCAGUUGGAGUUGGAUGGAAAACAGAGAGUGUACUUGCAGCAAACCCUGAAUGACACAGUUGGGCGAAAAAUUGUCGUGGAUUUUCUGGGAUUCAACUGGAACUGGAUUAACAAACAGCAAACCAAACGAAACUGGGGGCAGCUAACAUCAAACUUGCUGCUCAUAGGCAUGGAAGGCAACGUGACACCAGCACAUUACGAUGAGCAGCAGAAUUUCUUUGCACAAAUCAAAGGUUACAAGAGAUGCAUCCUUUUCCCACCAGACCAGUUUGAGUGUCUCUACCCUUACCCUGUUCAUCAUCCAUGUGACAGGCAGAGCCAGGUUGAUUUUGAAAACCCUGAUUAUGAAAAGUUUCCCAAAUUUAAAAAUGCCCUUGGAUAUGAGGCUGUUGUUGGACCAGGCGAUGUGCUGUACAUUCCUAUGUACUGGUGGCAUCACAUUGAGUCGCUGUUAAAUGGAGGAGUAACUAUCACCGUCAACUUCUGGUACAAGGGUGCACCCACCCCAAAGAGGAUAGAGUACCCACUGAAGGCCCAUCAGAAGGUGGCCAUUAUGAGGAACAUUGAAAAGAUGUUAGGAGAGGCCUUGGGGGACCCACAUGAGGUUGGUCCAUUGCUGAACAUGAUGAUCAAGGGGAGAUACGAGCAGGGUCUGAGUUAAUCAGCAGUUUACCUCCAGUGUGCUUUGUGCGUAGGGAUGUGGAUGGAUACUUGUCUGUACAUUCAGAUUGUUCGGUUAACUGCAUGGCAGUAUUCUGGCUGCAUACAUUUCAAUCUGCUUUUAGUAUCUCAAGCUGUUACGUCUGCUAACGGAAGGUACCACUAGAGAGAAUUGAUUUGCUCUGUCUUUUGAGUCGUCAUAAUGUGAUAUACACUGAUUAGUUAUAUGAUUUAGUGUGGGAGAAAAUAAACAUUCAGAGCAUUGCCCCUGCAAUGGCACCCAUUUUUGUUGUUUGUUACCUUGUCAGAAUAGUCAAAAGAUGACUGUCAAUUUUAAGAGUGCUUCCAGCAAGCCUACCAGCAAGUUGUGUUACUUUAACAAUGGCAAAUUUUUACUAUAUACUGUCAUAUAUGCAGGUUAUAAAGUUAUACUUUUAAAAUCAGUGCCGAUUUUUUUUUUCUCCCCCUUUUGCCUCUUUUAACAAUCCCCCUGGCCCAAAAGAGUAUACAGUACAGUCACAGUAGUGAUGCACAGGAAAUAUCGUUUUAAGCCCUUGAAGGAAUGGGACUGUUAGUAGGAUUUUUUUUUUUUAAUGAGUUUUGACAAUUGCUAAAAAUAUUUUAUUUUUGUGCACAUUAAGUCAUGUGCUUGUUUGACUCGUGUAUUUGUUUGAAUGUAACCUUAUUUUACACGUGGUACAAUUUUCAGGACUCUUUUGCAAACUAAGGCAAAUGUUUCAUUUACUCUAGUUAAAGACUAUCAAGUCUUUGUGUGUGAAUUCAAUAAAAAUGUAUUUUACAGUAAAAAAGUAAUCUGUCCCACAUAAAAAUGAUGCUUGUUUGUAUAAUGACAAUGAAUCUGAAAGUCAGUAAUAUGCCCCCUUUUUUCUGAGGCUACUUCAGCAUUAUUAAAGAUGUUAUUUAAAUCCACACACAAAAGGAAACAUGAAGAAAAGUCUAGCUUGCUUAUUGUCACAGUUUAUUUGCCUAAUUGAGAUCUGAUUAACUGCUUUCCAAAUUAGUCUGUUUUAUAUUUAGGUUUUGUUUUUGUAAUGUAGAUUUAUUAACCUGUGUGUUUAUCUUCAGUAGCAGAAUGUUUAUGAUGAUUUUUAAUUACAGAUCUUUGGACCUAAGAGAAGUUCAAAUUGAUGAUUAUUGUUCUACAGUGAUUAUUGCACAAAAGUGAAUUAUUUUGUGGAUGUUUGAAAUUGUUAGACUUUGCGUACUUGGUUUUGUAAACGCUUACUGUGUAUGUGCCAAAUUGAUUUUCUUAAAUGGAGUUGUGAUUGAAAUCAAAGAUAAUUUUUUUUUAAAUUUUAGUAUUACAGCUUUUUUUUAUGUUGAUAAAAUAUCUAUGGCUUGACUGUACUUCGAAUGGAAAGAGAUGGUCAGUAUAGCACUUAAACAAACGAGCAAGUAUACUAAGUAUACUUAAAUUAAAUUUUAUUUGUAUAGCUUUUAACAAUUUAACAACAUUGGCACUUAAAAUGUCUGGGUAAUAGUCACUGUACAUGGGAAGCACUGCAUGUGGCUUGUGAUUACUUACCUAAGAGGUACUUAAAGCUGCAGGAUUUUGAAAUUUUGCCCCUUCUGGUAGACAAAUGCUAUCCAGGCCGAACAUUUUGUAAAUCUGGUUGUACUGCACUCUUCCUCUACACGCGAAUUAGUUUCAAGGCUGCGUGUGCACACAUUUAGACAGAACUCAAGGCUCUGUCCCAAACAGCACAAUGCACACUAAGAAGUAUGCCUAAACAGUAAUGACACUGUGUAGAGACUUGCUAUUUAUUAUAGUAGUAUGCAGUUUAGGAAGCAGCCCAAAAUAUUCACCACUUGAGAUUACUCAGUAUUACAGAACAAAGUAACCUUUUUUUGCACGUCAGUGUUACUGUCACAGUUACUGAGUGCCAAAUGAAAGAGCAAGACCUCUCAGCAAUAGCUUGCAUGUUAGCAGCUGUCAGCCGUUUAGCACAGAUUGCCUGAUCAAGCAGCCGAGCCUGUGCAUCGCUGGGCCACUGUGUAUCUGUGCUCAUUCUGUGGUGUAAUACACAGUACAUAUUCCACAGAACGAACUAGUCGCCUGUUAUUUUAUCAUCUAAUCUGUGUAUUUUGUUCUUCGGCCUGUCAAGAACAUUUGGCAUGAACCAGAUUGUGUUAGCUGAAUACAACUGAAUACAACCCUCAUCAGAUAAAGACUCUCGCUUACCUGAUAUAAAUAGUUUUGAAAUACAAAAAUACAGAGAAACUCACCAAUUUCUCCUGUUAGUCACUACCACCUACCAACUGGGAAUACAAACUUCACAAGGAAGAUAAAUCGGCUAGCCAUCAUCUAUUAUUCACCCUCUUCCCAUUAAUGAGAUGGGAAAUGCCUUAUCUGUUCAAGAAAAAAAAGAGAAAAACUAUCAAUCCUGAAUCCUUUUACAGUGUAGCACUGGAGUUCACUCUUUCACUCCUGUUUGUUUACACCAUCAUGCUGUUUGUCUCUUUCUGAUUGGCUGUGGCUCCUGCCAGUCACUGUUUAGCUAGACUUCUUUUGUGUCUGAAGUUGGGGCAAGAUGACGUUUGAUGUAUCUGAGCUAGGGUGCAACAUACGGAUAAAUUUCCUACCAACCCAAGGCCCCGACAUAGCUCUGACUGAAAGUAAUUAUUACAGGGUUGUCAGGGCGACUCGUGCCAGGUCAGAAACAUCAAAAAAAAAAAAAAAAAAAAUUAUAUGCACUGUAGUUUCAUUUAUAUCCAUUUAGAAUUGCUGUUAUUUCCCAUGUACAUAAAAAUGGAGAAGUAGUAGGGAUGGGGAUGUACUGUAAGGGGGGCUGUAAGCCAGAAUCAUUAUUUUGUAAAUAAGAAAAUCUUCAUUCUUGUGUUCAGUUCAUUUAUGUCCAUUUGUUAGCCAGCUUUCACUUCCAUAUAUCUGCAAAACCACUGUUAAAACACUGGUAUCUUGUUUUUGUUAACCCUUAGGGAAUGUUUCUGGGUUAGAAAUUGCAAAAUAGUUUUUACUUGGAGUACUCAUCAGAUUUGCAUAAUGACUCCUGUUUAGCCUUAAUAUUAUUAAGAGAAUAUAAUGUGUGUGUAGGGUACUGUCUUUUUCAGUCUGUCAUUUACCCCAUGGGUUUUAAAGAAAUGAAGGUAUUGCACAAUUAAGCAUUAAGCAGUGCGUGUAUAUAUAUAUAUAUGCUCUACUGAAUAAGAUGCUCCACCCUGUUGUGCAUGUAGUUGAUAAAUGAAAGGCUCUUUAGAAGCAAAGGUACACUGUCUGUUUUACCUUGCCAAAUGUUUCAGGAUGCUUUAAUUCAUUGUUGAGAAAUGUUCCUCUUCUAGAAAUAAAGCCUUACCCAUUAUUUA